AUGUCAGGUGAGCCCGGCGUAAAUUCGAAAGAGCAGGGAGGCCAACCGACGGCCGCCACUGCUGUGCUCAGAACUUUGGCUAAUUCGCCAACGCAGAGCAACCCUAGCUUUGAUACGGACCCAAGAGUCGACAAUACACCCAAGAUCCACCCAAAGUUACACCCUAACCUCGGAAUUCAUGAAAAUCGUCCCUCAGACACACAUUCACCUGACCAGACUUUGGACACUUCCUCGCCUUCCGUCGAUCUCGACUCCUUCCCUCUCCCGCCUACCAACAGGGUGCGAUUGGGUCAACACGGAAGCGCCUGGCGCAAAAUCACCAACGAGCUUGGCGACGUUGAUGUCUUGACUUGUGAGGUGUCCGGACGAGAACGAGCCGUCCGUGCCAAGCUCAAUAGCACCGAAUCACCUCGGCGUAGCCUUGGCAGCAGUAUCGCCAGUAUCGCAGGCAUCGCUAGAGCCUCCAAGCAUACCUCUGUCGACUCGGCUCUUGUCGAAGCGAUAUCCCGCACCCUGAUUCAACAGAUCCGGCUCUUUGCUGCCAUGAAAAAACAAGGCGAUUGCACCUUGAACAGACCUGGGGAAUAUUCAGUUGAUGGCGAAUCUAGAAAAUCGAACCACCGGAUGACCUUGAAUCAAUUCAUCAGGGACAUUGACAGCAACGCAGGAAAGACAAAGGAAAAUACCGAAAUAGCUCAACCAGGGUCGCCUUCAGCAAAAUCUGGUGACACUCUUCACACAAUAUCCGCUCUCAUACCUUUUCGUCCCGAGUUUCGGGCAGCAGGACUUGCAGUAACAUCGAAGGACCAAGUCCACAGUCGCCAGGCGUGUUUCUCCAGACCCAUCCCUGACUGGGUGAAACGGCCAGGCCAGCAGCACCCACCCGUCUCUAUGAGACAACGUGCAAGGCAAUUGCUGGUCGACGGUGCCGCGAGCACAGGCACGGAAAUUUCUUUUGCUCCAACGCAGGACAUGGACGAGUGGAGGUUUGCCCUUAUUGACGAGGUGCCGGUGCGGAAACAGAAGCAUGGUCCCAAGGUCAAAAGGGCAAAAAGGCGUUGCUUGCCGUGCUUCUUCGGCGACGAAGACCAAACGACUGAUCCGGAAUGGGCCCAUUUUAAACCACCUCUGGGGAAGAAUACGCUGGAAGGCAACUAUCGAAAGCAGACAAAACGACCCGGCCCUCGGCUGGGAAUGCCUCCAUCUAGGUCUGCUCCUCCACUGCCGCAAACCGUGCAACGUUGCCAUCGAGUUUCCGUCUCUCCAAGCCCUGAAAAAAGAUCUCGCAUCGCAGGCACCGGAGCAAAGCGCCUAGAAACGGAAGCCAAGUCGCAGCAUGAGCACAAGAAAGCGCAAACGAAGCCAGCGCUGCGCAACAGUGUGGAUGCGCCAAAAGGACAAGACCACGUCGAGAAUCACCACGACAAAGAGUUGGACAAGAGAGAACACCGGAGCCGUAUAACGAAUGAAUGCGGCCAAGAGCCGCAUCCAUUGCGAUCGCAGUCUGCACAGGCUCAGUUGGAUCGCGAGGUCAAAAUUUUCGAACGCGAACAUCUAUCUCCAAGACCUUAUCAGAGCGUACCCGGCCAGGAGAUAUCCCGAGGUUUAACGAACAUGCAGGCCACCGGUUCAAAAGGAGAGCGGGUUUGCCCUUCCUCAGCUUACCCUACUUCGUGCCAGUGUCCCGACACGCUCAUUUCUAAAUUGGAAGAAGCACUGAACAAGACAGCAGAGCUCGGCGCCGACGCAGAGGAUCCUCAGGCGGCAAAUAAAAAACCGAGCAAACAGUGUGGCAAGGGGCAACAAGCCGUUUACGACGCUGGCCAUGUCGGAGUCUGUUGCCGCUUCGGCAGAGGGAUUCCGUCGCAAGCCACGGCCCCGCCAAACAUUCCCAAAAGGACGUCAUCUAUACCCGGGAGCAUCAAUCUCGACGAGAUGGACUUGGACGACCAAGACAUUGCAGAUCGUGAUGUUCUGCGAGGCCUGCACGUAGCCGCAUCGGCCGCUUGCGAUGAGGAGGUGGACGCAUUCGUUCGCAGCAAAACGGGCCUGCGAAUCCGCCGAUUCCUCGCAGAUUUGGUCGUGCUCGAGGCCUUUAGAGAGCCUCUGUCUGGCGAAGACAGCGAGAAACGCGCUCGGCGAAGACGAGCAGACAUGAGAAAGUUGAAGCAGCAGGUCCGCCGAUCACGCGAGAGGGUCGUGGAAGGCGGCCGCAUCUAG